AUGGAGGGACCCCCUCGGUUGCUCGGGCCUCCGCCACAAGAGUCAGCCAUCGCACUCACGCCCACUACCAGUCGGGAUGAUCAGGCGGAGCGGUCGUAUCAGGGGCAGCGUAAGCGGAGCUUGUCCCUCCGCUCCUCCUUGUCGGUCGCGGAUGUCAGAUCUGCUCAGCGCAAAUCGAGCAUUUUCGAGCGGCCUCGCCAAGCUUCUGGCGGAUCGACGCGAUCAAACGAUACCGGCAACACCGCCGCGGUCAAGCGCAAGAAGAAUCUCGUCAACAAGAUGGAGGGGUGGUGGAACGCCGUGAAGUCCAACUUUGUCCCCGAAUCUCAGCAUCCACCACCGUAUCGGUCGUCCAACCUCGCUCGGGAUCGAGGACGGAGAAACCCCUCCGCACCGGCCAGUCGUCGGGGUAGCGGUACAAGCCCCAUCAGCCAACCCGCUCCCGUCAUGCUCGCUCCGGAACCGAUACGGGAGGCGCAGCCUGUGUUGCGGAACGCCGCUUCGCACGCCGAGUUCAGGCCGCGGGCGGAGAGGGAAUCGCCAAUGCUGGUGUCGACGUCGGCGGAUCUCGCUCGGGUCGCUCGGAAGGCUAUGCUACCUACACUCCCGGCGCUCACACCGGAGGAGGAGCCUACAUCGAGGGAGAGCCUGGAUUCUCGAAGGCGUCAGCCCAAUCUCAGGCUCGAUCUCGACUCGAACGUCCUGUCCAGGCCACCGGCUCGGAUGCCGGCCAAUUCUCGCAGCGGUUCCGAGAACAAUACGUCUACUCAGCGGCCGAGUGAACGGACGUCCAGAUCGUCUUCUUACGGCCCGCUCUACGGUCCCGGUCUCACUCCAGGCAUCCCAAAGUGGGAUCUCACUCCUUCACCCAUCGUUGCGGUCGGCUCGUUUACCGACGAUCAGCUGGAGAAUCGGCCGGUCGCACCGGGGGCAGAGUUGACGGUUGCGUCAGUGCGCCGGCACGUCCGGCGUCGUCUCAACGCGGCCAAGGAGGUGUGCGACUACAAGUUGCGGGAAAUGAUUGCGACGAUCACCAAGUUUGCCGAGGAGCAAAAGGGGACAGUUGGAAGGCCUUACGAGGACUCGGAGGACUACUUUGAGUCGAUCAGCGACAGCGCAUUGGUGGAUGCGGAGGAGAGCGAUGGGGAGUUUGCCGAGACUUUUGAUGGGCUCGUUCUUUCUUGUACCAAGCUGAUGAUAGUUUCGUCGUCCCGUGGGCCUAGUCGCAGAGCGUCUAUCUCCCGGCCGGUCGGUACCAGCCCUAAUCGCCGCAUGAGUAUGUUGCCGAGCAGCCCCAGUCGACCCAGGCGCCGCACCAGCACCGUGCCGAAAUCUGUCAAUCAGCGGGAGCGGAUGCGGUUCGACUUUGCGGGUCGCGUGCACUCAGCGUCCAGCUCGCGGUCUACAUCCCGGUCUCGCUCGCCCAUGCCCGCCACGCGACCGUCCCCAUCGGACCGGCAGUUCCUCGGUGCUCUGCAGGAGCUGAUCGUGCUUGCUACGGACGUACUCGAGGCAUCCAUCAAUCAGCUCAUCGCCAAGCCAACCAUGUGCUCGGAUGUCAUCCAAAAGGCGCAAAAGGUCGGGCGGAAAUGGGACGACAAUGAUAGCUGGCCUGGGCGGAGCUGGUACCUGAGCAUCCUCAUGGAAGUUGCCAAGCUCUCCCAGGUACUAGACUGGUGGGAGGCCGAGAAGGGGUUCUGGAAUUUUGACGCCGAGGAGGUGGAGAAUGAGCCGCUGCUCUUCGUCAUGAAGCCGCAUCAGGAGGGACAGGAGUCUCGAGCCGCCGCUAUGCUCAGCCCGCUCUCGCAGCCUCAGUCAUCGCCUCUGACAUCGACGCUGCAAGUACCGGACGCGCCACCAGAGCUCAUGCUCGAGGUGGCUAGCCCAACAUCGCCCUCCGUCCCGCCUAUCACGGAAACGCCGACCCAACAAGCGGCGGAGAAUCUCAAGAUUUUGGCGGAUCACGCAAAGAGCGUCAAUAUCGUCAUGGAACUGAGUCUGCAAGGGGAGGAGGUCCAGUAUAUCAACGACGCCAUUAUGGAGGUCACUGGUCGUGAUCCCGAUGAUGUACUCUUCCGUCCCAUUACCGACAUUCUCGCACCGGCCGACGCGUCUACCUUUGCCGAGGCGACCCAGAAACUGCUCGAGGAUGACAACAAUACGGUCCAGCUGCGGGUGCGGCUGGAGCUGCACGAGCCGCCAGACGAUCGGAGUCAGACCCGCGCCCCCGGGCCCAUGUACAUUGAGCUCGAGGGCGUCGGUAUGCUCAUGCGCGAGCUGGACGCUCCGUCGCACACCAUGUGGGUGCUCAAGCCCGUGCCCGCCACCCAGACCGAGAUGGCCGAAACUGCCUUCCCCAAAGACGGGCGGAUCGCUAUCGAGGGGAUCCUCUGCCGGAUCUGCGAGCGAGAUAUCGCAACCUGGUUUUUCGAGAAACACAACGAAACCUGCGAUGCGGUGCAUCGGCUCGAGGCGGAAAUCACCGAGGCGGACGAGUGUCUGCACGAUCUUCGCAAGACCGUGCUCAAGCUUAACGCGCAGCUGGGCGGUCCGGACGACGCGGCGGCGGAAUAUCAAGGCGUAUUGUUUCUGGCACUCCCAGAGUCAAUUUUGGCGGGUGAUAAUGGCUUGCCGGCGCAGCUUCAGCUGGUCGAGCGGAGAAAGGUCACCCGACAGCAUCUUGUGGAUGUUGCCGAGAUCCUCCAGGCGGCGGUGCAAAUCGAGUCUCCUUCAGUUCGGGAGGAGGAGACCGAUCUUCCCUUCAAUCUGCAGCGGUACCUGGAUCGCGAGUCAGAGGACAAGCUAUCUCGGAUCACCCGCUGGCAGCGUCCGCCCACUACCGACCACGCAUUGGCGUUGUUGUUCAAUCACGUCGAGGAUCAGCUUCGGCGGAAACACAAGGCGGUCGCUCGGAUGCAGAGUACAAUCCGGUAUUCGGAGAAGACAAGGCACGAGUGGGAGGACAAGGUCAAUCAAGUACUGGGCGAGCAGGAGACUAGCGGGUCGGAUAGCGGGUCGGAUACUCCUGCACAGGCGGAUGUCUCCAUCGCCACGGUCACCGAGGCCGAUCCAGGGGACUCGCCACCUAGUCAUCGGAAGAUAGCCCCGCAGGCUCGUCUACCCGUCACUUUGGGUCAUUCGGGGCGGCCCAACACCUCGCACGGCGAGUCCGGCAUUGGCACGGUCCCACCUACUCCUCUCCAUCGCUCGGACCCUCCCACACCCGCUGAUCCGCCCAUGUCGGCUCCUCUUCAGCCACAACCCCAUCCUCCGCCGACUCUGCUCAAAGUCGACCGCAUAUCACCCCGCAUCAGCCCUACCGAGGGAGUCCGCUCCCACGCCCGCCGCCCAUCCAAGGCGUUCCGCGACAUGCCGCUCUCCCCUCGUAUCCCCUCGGCGGCGCUCAAUCGCGGCGCACCGCCAUCGAUCAAAGAUUUCGAAAUUAUCAAGCCCAUCUCGCGCGGUGCUUUCGGAUCGGUCUAUCUCGCCAAGAAAGUCGCCACUGGUGAUUACUUUGCAAUCAAGGCGCUUAAAAAGUCCGACAUGAUUGCAAAGAACCAGAUCACCAAUGUCAAGGCGGAGCGGACAAUCUUGAUGAACCAGGCGACCUCCCCCUACGUCGUCAAGCUCUUCUUCUCGUUCCAGAGCAAGGAGUACUUGUACCUGGUCAUGGAGUAUCUGAACGGAGGGGAUUGUGCUGCGCUGGUCAAGACGCUGGGCGGAUUGCCUGAAGACUGGGCGAGAAACUAUAUCGCAGAAGUAGUUCUGGGAUUAGAGUACCUGCAUGCGAGGAACAUCGUCCAUCGUGAUAUCAAACCGGAUAACCUCCUCAUCGACUCGAAGGGCCAUCUCAAGCUCACGGAUUUUGGUCUUUCGCGCAUCGGUCUUCUCAACCGUCAGGUCGCCGGACCUCGCCCAGCAUACCUCCGCGGUACCUCCUUGCGCGCGCAGGGGCGUCCAUAUAGCGCACGCACCCAAUCCAUGUCCUCGACUAAUUCCCCCGCCAUGUCUCCGGAUAUCCCUACGCAGGCCCGUCAAGGCUACUUUACCUCACUCAACGACUCUGGCUCGGCCGACGAGUCCAGCGGCUCCGAGUCGGUCAACGUCAUACCCAAGCAUAUUCGGCAAAUGUCCAAAAUCUCCUCCAAUCUCGACACCCCCUCCGUCAGCAGCCGGGAGCCACCCAAGGUCGUAGGAACGCCAGACUAUCUCGCUCCCGAAAGUAUCCUCGGUAUCGGGAAUGAUGACCGGACGGUCGAUUGGUGGGCGCUAGGCGUCGUGCUCUACGAGUUCAUCUACGGUGUUCCCCCCUUCCAUGCCGAAACUCCCACUCAGGUGUUUGACAACAUCGUGUCUCGGCGGAUCGACUGGCACGAGGACGAGAUCGAACUCUCGGCUGAGGCGCGGGAUCUUAUGGACCGCCUCAUGUGCUCCAAUCCGGAAGAUCGGCUCGGCUCGCGAGGCGCCGAGGAGGUCAAGAAGCACGCCUUCUUUGCCGAGCUGGACUGGGCAUCUCUUACCGAGGGCGAAGCUAGCUUCAUCCCGCAGGUUACGGACCCGGAGUCGACCGAUUACUUUGACGCUCGGGGCGCUGUACAUGGCUUCCACGAUGAGGAUGCUCCGCAAGUCCUCAAGGUGGAGAAGGCGGAGGUCUCCCCAUUGGCGCUGGAGGCGAUGGAGCAGGUAGCGGAAGACAUUGCGGCGCAAGAGGACUUUGGGAUGUUCAACUUCAAGAACCUGCCUGUUCUCAAGCAGGCUAACGACGACAUGAUCCGGAAACUACGGGUCGACUCGAUGGUCCCCAUCGGCCAAGCGCUGGAUGCUGCACUCGCGGUCAAUCCUAAGCGGCUCUCGAAAUCCCGAGCCAAGCGGAAGACGUCGGAUCUGGGCGGCUCACAAGGUCCUCCUUCACCUACCACAUCCAACUCGUCCGCCGCGUCCACUCCGUCCCGCUCGUCUCCCGCGCCGACCACUCCAUCCAGUAUUCCCCCCGUCCCCCUCAUGCCCCAUCACCUCCGUCGUCCUUCCGAGCUCAACGCUCUCGACCGGGUCAAAUCGUCGGAGGAUGGCGAUCUGUCCCGCCGAGCUUCCGCUCCUUCCCGCCUCAGAGCUGGAUCCAAUGCUAGCGUCGUCAGUGACCGCAGUACAAGCAUGGAGCUCUGGCGGCAACGGCGGCAGGUCUCUCUCCAGUCGGACCAUUCCCAGACGGGCUCGGGUUCCGGCUCGCAACCCAACAGCUCGUCCCCCUUUGACAGCCCCGAUGUCAAGGGGCAUCGGGACGCGGUGGUCAUGGACAGGACGCUUGAUGUCCUCAUCGCGGAGGAUAAUCCGAUCUCGCAAAAGAUCCUGGAGACGCUGUUGACGAGGAUGGGGUGCCGGUGUAUUUGUGUGGAGGAUGGGCCUCAGGCGCUGGCGGCAACGAUGGGGAGUAUACGUUUCGACGUCAUCAUCUGCGAUAUACAUAUGCCGGUGGUGAAUGGAGAGCAAGUGGCGCGUAUGAUCCGGUCAACCAAUAACCACAACCAAAACACACCCAUCAUCGCAGCCACGUCCUAUGAGCAAUACCAAGCUAUAUCUGAAGAGGGCACACUAUUUUCCGCCGUCCUCGCCAAACCCGUCACCAAGACCGACCUUACCCGCUGCCUUGCCAAACUCGGUUUUGUCCUUUCUUCCGGUAACGCUCAGACUGAUACGUCUUCUGGAUCUCAGUGA